UAAAUCCUCUCGUUUGAAUAAGAUUUGACUAAUGUUGCAGUAAAUUAGGUAAAUCCUCAAUGUGAACUUGCAAAGAUCAUCUUCUAUCUUAAUUUCCCUCCCGAUUCUUGUCUGAAGGCAAUUCAAUCCUUCUGUUGCCAGUUGUCACAGGAUCUGAACAAGUACUUAGUCAGAUAUGAGCGAUCUCCCAAAUGCAUCUUCUUUGCUAGAAUUAGACGUCAAGGAUGAUGAUCAACACAUGGCAAGUGCCACUAAUAGCACAGAGAAAACCAAUGGGAAAUCAAAGGAAGAGAAUGACAGUGUUGAGGACGUGAUUGAAGAAAAUGAUCAAAGGUUUGACAUGUUAAAAGAACACUACAAGUUGCCCCUCGUAUGGAUUGACUUAGAAAUGACUGGCUUGAAUGUUGAAGUAGAUAGAAUAUUGGAGAUUGCUUGUGUGAUUACAGAUGGGAAAUUGAAGAAGCUUAUAGAAGGUCCUGAAUUGGUCAUUCAUCAAACAAAAGAUUGUCUGGAUAAUAUGGGAGAAUGGUGCCAAGAUCAUCAUGGAGCUAGUGGGUUGACUGAGAAGGUGAUACAAAGUAGAAUCAGUGAAAAAGAAGCUGAAAAGCAGGUUAUAGACUUUGUAAAGAGACAUGUCAGUGCAUAUACUCCACUGCUUGCAGGAAAUUCAGUUUAUGUUGAUUUUAUGUUCUUGAAGAAGUAUAUGCCUGAUUUGGCUAGUCUUUUCUCUCAUGUAAUUGUCGAUGUCAGCAGCAUCAAGGCUAUAUGUCGUUGUUGGUUUCCACAAGUUAAGAAGGGUUUUCGGAAGGAGAAGAAGCAUAGGGCCAUGGAUGACAUCAAAGAAAGCAUAGCACAACUCAAAUACUACCAGCAAAAUAUCUUCAUAUCGCCAAAGUCCAAGCGAUAAUAUCUACAUGUUUCAAUUGUUCCUUAAUUUAUGUGAACAAAAUUAAGCAACAAUCUUUAAUUUUUAUUUUACCAAUUUAUGCAACCUAUAUGAAUCAUGCAACCACAUUGCAACUGU